UCCAGUUUCAAAACCAGACUCUGUAAUAGUCCUAGGUGAACUGGGAUUUUUGCGUUUCUCGGACAUUCGAGUUUAAGCCUGUUGUGAAAUUGUACAUUGUGAGGACAAGCUUCAGUUUGGCGGACAUGGAAACAACACACAGUGAACCGAAUGCUGCACAUGUUCAUGACAGUGUUAAGGAAUAUUAUGGGAAAAUCCUCAAGCAGAGCUCUGAUUUGAAGAGCAAUGCGUGUGUGCCUUCAGCUAAGCCCAUUCCUGUCUACAUUAGAAAAGCUCUGACUGAGGUUCACCCGGAAGUCACAGCAAAGUAUUAUGGCUGUGGACUGGCAGUGCCCGAGUGUGUGCAGGGCUGCCGGGUUUUGGAUCUCGGCUGCGGCAGCGGACGUGACUGCUAUGUUCUCAGUCAGCUGGUUGGUAAGAGUGGACAUGUCACUGGACUCGAUAUGACAGAAGAUCAGCUUGAGGUUGCAAGAAAAUAUAUAGACUAUCACAUGAAGACGUUUGGAUAUCAAAAGCCAAAUGUCAACUUUGUUCAAGGAUACAUCGAAGCCUUGAGGGACGCAGGGCUGGAGGAGAACUUUUAUGAUAUAAUCAUAUCAAAUUGUGUGGUGAACCUUUCACCUGACAAGGCUAGUGUUCUGAGAGAGGCCUACCAUGUACUAAAGGAAGGGGGAGAGCUAUAUUUCAGUGACGUUUACAGCAAUGCACCGAUUUCAGAAUCCCUUAGAGCCAAUAAAGUUUUGUGGGGUGAGUGUCUGAGUGGAGCUCUUUGGUGGGAGGACCUUGUCCGAUUGGCUGAGGAAGUUGGGUUUAGUAAACCUCGACUGGUAACAGCUAGUGUCAUUUCUGUAGGCAAUGAGGAGCUCGAGAAACUCCUAGGAGGCUACAAGUUUGUGUCUGCUACAUAUCGCCUAUUCAAGUUACCAAAGCAUUCUGAGAAGGAACGCUGUCUUGUCAUGUACGAUGGAAACAUUACGGGAUUAGAGGAGAAAUUUGAGUUUGACGCUGGGUAUAUUUUUAAGGUGAAUGAGGUGAUGGAGGUGGAUGGAGAUUUGGCCAACAUCUUGAAGAAUUCCAGGUUUGCUGAAGAGUUCACUUUCCAGACUCAGGCACAGGGCAACACAACACCAGGUUCAUGCUGGGCCAAACCCAAGGUCGUGCCUGCGAGCCCCUUCAAACUGGCAGAGCAGCUGGGAAGUGCAAGUGUGGCUUCAUCCACAGGGUUGUGCUGUGGCCCUCAGGAGUCCUGCUGCAAGUGAAAGAACCAAAUAACAAAUAAAAAAAUCAUCAAAGGAUAAAGUAUUAAACUGAAUGUAGACGUUAUUACGCAUAAAUACGUAAUGCCAUGCUGAUUUUAAUUAUUCGAUUAAUCUGAGGUGUUGGGGAUAAAGUUGAAUAAAUUGUAAUUGUAAUCAUAGUUUUAAAAGGAUUUGUCCAAGAAAAAGCAUUAAGAAAAUAUUAUGUAAUUUAUAUACAUGCAGUAAUUUUUUUUUUAUCUGCCUCAGUUUGCUUGAAAUAAAAUCAAAUGAAACAA